GAACGGCGACUAAACAUAUGAGCAAGCGCUUCAAGGUCUUUCUCGGUGCUCCUACCCCUGAGGAUACAUCGUCAAAAAUUUCUUGGCAGCAUGCCCAAUCACGCCCCACACCGUCCGAAUCCCCUGGUUCUUCCUCCUAUGUCCUGGAAGCUAGUCGCCGCAUUUCUACGAUAUACCAGAACAUCGUCUUUAAGGAUGGUGAUGAUGGUGGAUCUUUACUAGAGCUUGAAGAUGAGCCCAUGAGCCCCACGAGUAGGUUGCUGGAUGAGACCACUAGAUACGGUGAGUGGACUGUCACUCGACAUUUAUCUGUAACAUCUGUGGGAUGGUGAAUCACUUUUCAUGAUGCCUCUGAGCGCGCGACGUCUUUGACAACCUUUUCUGUAGAGCGAACGACCUUCAUAUGGGGCACCCAGUCGCAGCACCAAGACCGGAGUUAAACUACUCUCGAAACACAAUUUACAGAUUCAUACUCCUACAACGAGACUCAAUCAUCUGAUGGGUCUAUAGCGCGCUUUUCAUCUUUUGAUUUCUCGCUGCACACUCUUGUCUCGCUUUCCACGAUUAAACCUUUUUUGGAACGCGCAAGGUCUGCGUCUUGAUGGCCGUUUUGGAGGUCGAUGGCCCCGACGUGAUCAAGAUCGGGAAGGGGCCAAAGACUGGCAAGGAAAUUGGCAUGUUCAAGAUGAUUUUAGGCGACGAGGGUGGGGCGGUCUGUAAGCUGACCGCGUGGAGAGAGGUUGCCGAUGUCUGGAGUGGUGUCGCAAGCGAGCCAGGCAUCAAACAUGGCGACGUCGUUUACCUGGAAAGUACGUCCCAUUGAUCCUCCUCGGACUACUGGCUCCCAGUAGAUUUUCAGACGUGUCAGCAUCGUGCGAGCCAGGGACGCCCCUUGCCCUCAUCGCGUCCCCGCACCUCGAAUCAAAAGCGGAGAUACGUUAUCGUACUAUGCCGCGCACUUCUUUCCCAGAAGUUCAACGCCUUCGAUCGGAUUUGAGACUCGGGUAUAGCGACGCGACGGUUAGGAAAGUCGCGUCUGUGAUUGCCUGGUUCGAAAAAAUGGCCGAUUUGGCGAGCUAGUUCCGCAGGCUUUAUUUAACACAUCACUUGUAUGAGUAGAGCGCAUCGUGCCACACACUCGACGUGGCAAACCAAAAUAAAACGGACCAGACUUUUUCAGUGC